AUGGAUCUUCCAAAAAUAUUAGAGAAUCUUAAUGAUUAUCAUCAGAUCUCUACCAAUAAAAGCAUCCCAUUUAACUUUGGAGAGGAUCUCAAAAAUAUAAUCGCAGAAUCCACUUAUACUCGCCAAGCCUAUAGUCCUGAUGUCACAUCCAACAAUAUGAUUAAAAGAUUGAAUAAUUUAUUACCAAAAUCAACAAAUAAAGAGCCAGGAUUAUUCAAUUUGUUAGCAAAAUACUCAAAUGCUUCAAAAAUUUAUGCGAAUAUCCCUACAACACUUGUGAGAUUUGAGGCUAAAAUGUAUAUGCUGCAAACAAAGAAAGAAAAAUACAUCCAGUCUCAGGAAUGCUCAGAGGAAGAAUUUUUUAGAGAAAUAAACGAUGAGAGUGAAUUUCCUAUUUUCUGCUAUAAAACUGCAGGGAAAAAUCCUGUAGCUGUAUUUUCAAAGGAAAAUGCUUUAGAAAUAUGAAACUCAUCAUUUAAUUCUGCUGUAAUGCAGAGCUAUAUACAAAGCAAAGCUAAUCCAGUUGCUAUUACAAGAGUUUUGUGGAGAAGAGGAAUGAAAAAUAAAUAUUACACUAUUAGUAACCGUAAAAAAGCAGGGAAAAAAUUACAUAAAUCACAAAGCAAUUCUUCACAUCCUACUAUUAGACGUCCACGGCCUAAUAAAAGAUCCACAGCUUUUCUUAACUCCCCAAUGGUAAUAUCUCAAUCACCAGAAGAUGAAUUAAGUCCUCUACCUGAAGGCCGCAAUAAUAAAAGAAAACACCUAACUGUCUGCCCAUUAAAGUGAUUUGGACAAUACGGAAAAAAAAGGCAAAAUUCUUUAACAUCAUAUAAAAAUAAAGACCUAGACUCAUGCAGCCCUACCACAAAUCGCUAUUCCCCUCACUGACAAGAAGAAUCAGCCGAGGAUUAUCUUGUAUUAACAAGAAAUACAGAAAGCUGCUAUGCUUGUAAAAGUUCAGCAGUAAUUAAUGAAAUCGAGGCCAUGAUUGGCGAAAUUGUUGAUUUUUUGGAUUCUCAGGUGUUCCAGAAUAAUAAGCUUAAAGGAAUAGUUAUUGAUUUUAUAAAAGAUAGGAACAAUACUUGGUUUUUAUUGGACAGCAGAGAGUAUUAUACGGAGGCUAUACUGCAAAAAUUGAAAACGAAAAAACCUACUAUAAAGAUUGACACUUCUAAAAAUCCUCUAAUUUCCCCAAAAAUAGAAGUUCAUAAGGACAACCCAAAACUGAGAUCAGAAUCCGAAAAAAGAACUUUAAAAUUCACGGCAGAAGAGCAAAGUCCUUUGCUCGAGAGUCCUCAGUCCUGCCCAUUUAAAAUAAGAAGCCGCCCUAGAAGAAGUGGGUCUACAUCAAUGACUGAAAAAGAGCUUCUUGACCGCUUAAAUAAAAUUAAUCAAAAAAUAAAGCAUCCUUGUGGAAUCCGUUCCCCUCGAAGUGCAUUUAUCAUAGGAAAACAAGAUGGUAUUAAUUACUAUAUCAAGCAUUUCACAAGCCAAAAGCCAUCAGAUUUAGAUAAUCCUCUAUUAAACUCAACUCGACCUUUAAGCGAAUCAAGAUCUUUUAUAGCAACUGAUCAGACUCAAACCCCAGACAAUGAAUUUUGUAUUAAAAAAUAUUUUGCAGAAGCUGUCGAGAAUUUUGACCAAAUGAAAACCAAUGUAAAAAUAGCCAGAGUUAAGCAGCAAAGUAUAGUCAGGAAAUAUGGCGGAGCUGAAUUUUGGAAUAAAUUUAUUGUGGCUUUAUAUCAAAAAAUUUUGUCAUGUGAAAUUUUGAAUAGGCAUUUUAAGGAUUCUAAAAUAGAAAGCUUUGAAAUGAUUGUAGUAGGAAUGUUUAAAAUAAUUGAAGGGAAUUUAAAUUUGGAAUUAAGGAGAAGGUUAAGGGCAGCCCAUUAUGCGAAAGGAAUAACAGAGGUAGAGUUUAAUUGUUAUUGUGAUAUUUUUGAGGAAACAAUAACUGAGUUUAAAAUACAAGAAGAAGAUAAGCAAGGGGUUAUGUCGCAAAUAAGACUGAUGAAAAGUUUAAUAUGUCAAACUAUUCAUUAG